UGACGUUGCCCCACUUCCGGCAGGACUUGUCCAUUGAAAGAACGCCCCACUUCCGGUCACAACAGUGUUUUGGAUGCCUGCAAUGUUUGUACUGUCUGCCUGGGGCCGAAAUUCACAUAUGUGAGAUGUCUUUUCACGGUUACCAAACUGUUGUCAAGGGAGAAGCAUCUGAGACCGAUGAUGAAGAAGAGAUGUAUGUGACAUCAGUUGCACCUGGGCCAUUCUCUAGCCCUCAUGGAGUAAAAGUCCAGGGAGAAGCCUCUGAGACAGACGACGAGGAGGAGGAUUCUGAUGACACUCUGAAGACACCUUCCAAAGUGUUGGAGAAGAACCUUCCUCCAUUAGUGGUCAUUAGGAAUGAAGGAGAACAUUCUCCAGUUGGCAUCGAAGAGAAACCCAUUGUCAACAUUCAACAGCAAGGCCGUUACAGCACAUUGCUGCAGCAAAAACUUCUUGAGAGUAAUGCUCGUCUUUACCACGAUAUCAACAACACCAUCAGACAUGUCUAUCACACAACGACCAGUGAGAUUCGGACAUUGACAAGCCAACUGAGUAAUUCUCAAAAUGGUAUUAUAAAUGCAUCUCACAGCAUCCGACUGGCCCUUGAAGAUUUAAAAGGCGUUUCCGAGAAGAUUGACAUAAUUACCAGCUGUAACUUGCUUCCUGAUAUCCAGAUCUAGGCUGUUAAGGUGUCGUUUUUGGUUGCCCCGGAUUGCUUUCUCCAACCCAUGAGAUGUGAAGGGUCUUUAAAGUUUUCAGGAGAAUAAAUAUUUAUAUGGAGGGCUUGAAA